AUGGAUCCAUCCUCUUUCAUCUACAAGCCGCUUGACCGGGUCAAAUCUGAGAUCCGAGUCGUUCGAAUCCCACCCAAGGAUGACGACAGCCUCCGGCUCGACACGGUCUGCCUAAACGACAAUCCCACAUUUGCCGCCCUGUCAUAUGUGUGGGGCGAUCCCAACGUCAAAGAGGCCAUUUCUUUAGACAAUCAAUCAUUCCCAAUGACCAAGAACCUCGCCGCAGCCUUGAAACAUAUCCGUGGCAACUGGACGUCAGAGCGGUCCCCCCACCGGGUUCAAAGCCUAUGGGUUGAUGCAGUGUGUAUCAACCAACAAGACCCCGAUGAACGGACCCAGCAAGUCCAGCUCAUGAGCCGCAUCUACAAAAGCGCAGCUAUUGUCCUCGCGUGGCUCGGCCCCGGGGAUCAUUCGCUCGCUUACUCUACAAUCAACCUGCUUGCCAGAGAGAUGCAUGAUGAUACGGCGCGAAGGCUCAAUAAAGAAAAGCUUUCUCGGCUGGAUUGGUUGCAAGAACAUCCCUCUCUUUGUUCCGACGACGGCCCUGAGCAAUCGGGAUCGGGUUUCCGAAACCUUGCUUGGUCCGCUGUGGCUACCUUUGCGAGAGAUCCUUACUGGAAUCGCGUGUGGAUCGUUCAAGAGGUUGCACUGGCCCGUCAACUGGUCUUCAUCAGCAACGGCUUGGCAUCGGUUGGUUGGCAUACGCUCUUUACCUUUCAAUGGGGUUUUGAACUGAUGCGGAAAAAUAUUCGCAAAUUAUCCCUACCAAGACCAAGCUCCUUGUCUCCAAGCGUGUGGUCGGCUUUGGCGACUGAGUUGGCGAGCGUCCGUAACAUAGAACGGCCAUGCCUCGCAAGGGGCAUUUUCAACAAUAGGUUGAAAGUGCCUCCAACUCAAAACUAUAGCUGGCUUAUGUCAAGUUUUGCAAGCUAUCUCAAGGCUACAGACCCCAGGGAUUACAUCUAUGGGCUUCUCGCCAUUACUGAAAUCCCGAUUGUCCCAGACUACAACAAGACGGUCUCGGACGUCUAUAUCGAGUACACGGCCGCCUGGGUCGAGACUUGCCGUGAUACGAGAAUCACCAGGUAUAUUACCCCUCUUUCGUUCCUAUCUCACGCCGGAAUUGGCCUCUACGGGUCCGAGGCCGACUUUCCCAGUUGGGCGCCCAACUUCCCGGGGGACGGGGAGCUUCGCAUCUCAAAAACAAGGAUGGAAACUGGGUUUGCGGAUAGAGGAGUGUUUGGAGACGACUCAAGCAAGCUCCCGUUUGUCGUCGCUAGGACAAAGAGCCUGUUUGCCUGGGGCAUUGAGGUUGACACGGUUCGCUCUGUUGCUCAGGAUCCUGUGUAUCGAUUAGCAAGGGAUUUGGAUUUGCUGGGAAGUGCUAUAACCGCCGUUUUGCAGGGCAAGCGGUAUAAAACUGUGUCGGCAGCCCUCAAUGCUUUCUUCCGGCUGCUGCACAGAGAUCAGUCAAGAACCGUCAGCAGGUCAACGAUUACCCGCGACCUCUCUCUCUUCUAUCACAUGACCAGGCCCUUGGAUCAGGUCGAGCCUCAGCAACGGGACAAAGUGCUGCGCAGUCUGGGCUUUUCUACAGACCCAGUCGAGUUUGAGGCCCGAUUCCGCAAGUGCUUUGCUCCCGGCGCAGAUUUUCGACAGCUGGGGUUUGACAAAAAUCUGAGAGACCUUAUGAUAGAGGGGUCCAAGGGAAUGGUCGGCGAAUCCUGGAAGAGAAUAGAAGUCAAGCUGAUCCAGCUGGAGAAGACCUGGAGACUGAUGGGCACGAGUAGCGGUUAUUUGGGUCUUGCACCACGUGGAACUGCAGUCGGCGAUCGACUUUGCGUGCUGAAAGGCUCUGAUGUCCCUGUCCUUCUACGGAGGACAGAUCUGGGCUCGUAUACUGUCGUGGGGACUGCCUUUGUGGAGGAGCUGAUGGAUGGAGAGGCGGCAGAGCUUGAGCAAGCUAGAAAGGGCAUGGAUCAGUGGUUUCAGAUGCAAUAG